AUGAACUCCGAUAACGUCCCCCUCCUCGGUACGCGCCCGUCCAUCGCUCCGCGACCCCGCACGCUCCGCGUCCCCCCCGCGCCUGAAACACCCCUCGGAAAAAUCUCCCCCGUCGAAUCUCGCCCCGCCGAGGCUGCCUCACUGACGACGACGCGCCUUCCCACGAUCUUUCCCACACGCACAGGCGGCGCGCCCAUCGACUCCGGCCGUAAGUUCACGACUCACAUCGUGUCCAUCGCCCUCGGCGUCCUCCUCUUCUUCUCCGCCCUGCUCAACGUGGCGCAGUACCAGCACGGCCAAUCGCCGAUGGCGCGCGCCGCCCUCGGCGACGGCCGCUACGCCAUGCACGCCGUCUUCACCCUCGAGAAACCCUCGAAGCACGGCAAGUGCGCCGAGGAGCUGGUGCACAUGUGCGUCGACUCGCGCUCCGCCACGCUCGCGGCCCCCAGCAGCCUGGGCGCCGCGGCCAGCGUCAGGGAUUGGGAGGUUCGCGGUAACCGCGCGCACCUCGGGUGGACCGCGCCGGGCGUCAUGCACGGCGUGCUCUCGCUCGUGCAUCCCACGCACGGGAAGUGCGCCGAGGAGCAGGGGCUGGUGCGCAUGUGCGUGGACAAGAGGUCCGCGGCGCUCGCCACCACGAAUUGAGCGGAAUCGAGCGCCGCUCGCUCGUUGUAUAGUCCACACGCCGUGUAAUAAAGUCGAGUCCUUAUUC